CCCCGCCCCCCGAGGCGGCUGGGGCGGGUCGGGUCGGACUCGGCAGCGGUAGCAGGGGUUUAUUCCUUCUCUUUGCUAGUGUUGUAGGGAUCAUUCAGUCUGAAGAAAAGCAGAGGAGAACUCAUUGCUCUCUACAGCUACUUGAAAUAAAGUUGUGGCGAGGUGGGAUUCAGCCUCUUCUCCCAGCUAACAGUGACAGGAAGAGAGACAGUCUGAAUAAGGAAAAAGCAGUUUCUUAGUAUGAAGAAAAGCAGAGGCCGAACAAGUCGAAAGAGAAGAAGAAAACACUUGCAGAGAUUUAUGUAUGGAGUCAACUGCAGUCACAAACUGGAAUACAUUAAACUUAAGAAGUGGCUCAAAGACAGAGGAUUUGGAGACAGUAGUUUAAGGCCAGCACAGUUUUGGGGUACAGGAAGAGGACUGAUGACAACCAAAGCUCUUCAGGCAGGAGAUCUGGUUAUUUCAUUGCCUGAAAAAUGCUUAGUCACCACCAGCACUGUCCUUAACAGCUGUUUAGGAGAAUAUAUUAUGAAAUGGAAGCCUCCUGUAUCUCCUUUGAUAGCACUGUGCACGUUUUUAAUAGCAGAGAAGCACGCUGGUGAGAAAUCUCUGUGGAAACCAUAUCUUGAUGUUUUACCCAAGACGUAUACUUGCCCAGUUUGUUUGGAGCAAGAUGUGGUACAACUUCUUCCUGAACCUUUAAGGAAGCAGGCUCAGAAGCAAAGAACAACAGUCCAUGAGUUGUACACGUCUUCCAAGGCUUUUUUCUCUUCUCUGCAAUCUUUAUUUGCUGAGAACACGGCAACUAUUUUUAACUACAGUGCCCUGGAGUGGGCUUGGUGCACUAUUAAUACCAGAACAAUAUACAUGAAACAUUCCCAGAGGGAAUGCUUUUCUCUUGAGCCAGAUGUUUAUGCAUUGGCACCAUAUUUAGAUUUGCUAAACCACAGUCCAAAUGUUCAGGUAAAGGCUGCAUUUAAUGAACAGUCAAGAAGCUAUGAAAUUCUGACAAAUUCACAGUGCAAGAAGUAUGAAGAAGUAUUCAUCUGCUAUGGGCCUCAUGACAAUCAGCGACUGCUACUAGAAUAUGGAUUUGUUGCCAUUGAUAACCCUCAUAGCAGUGUUUAUGUCUCAUCAGAUACUCUCCUAAAAUUUUUACCACCAGCGGACAAGCAGAAAAAUGCAAAGCUUUCCAUUCUGAAGGAUCAUGAUUUAUUAGAAAACUUGACCUUUGGAUGGGAUGGACCAUCUUGGAGACUUCUUACAGCCCUCAAGGUGUUAAGUCUUGGAGAAGAUGAAUUUACUUGCUGGAGGAGAGCACUGCUUGGCGAUGUAAUUUCAACCAGAAAUGAACAGCAGGCUUUGAAUCUAACAACAAAGAUAUGUCAUUUUUUAACAGAGGAGACACAGCAUGUCCUUCUUCAGAUUUCCCAGAUGAAGAGGGACAAAGAGAACCUCAAACAACAGCUGACUUUGGUAGAAAUGCUACGCUUGGAAGAUCUGAAAAUACUACAAAAAUCGGCAGAGAUUCUUUGCAACUUGAACAUGACGACAAUUUGAUCCACCUGGAGAUGUGAUAACUGCGGCUGACUGGAUCUCAUUUGCUAUGGAUAUGCCUCGCUCAAUUGUUUUAAUGGACCUGGGCAGCAAAAGAAUAACAUUAAAGUCAUCAUAAAAUGCCCAUCUUAGUUUACAGGAUUACAUGGGCACGACAGGCUUAUUUUGUUCUUUACUGAUCUUCAUUAAACAAAAGGUUAGCCCAAGGGGUAGGGAGGAGCAUUGGCAGCUUUCAUCACAUCUCAUUCAAAUCAUGAUUGCUUUGAGCAAAACAGCUUAUGGGGUAAUUUGAGCAGCUCUAGGACUGGGGACUCCAGUAGUCAGACUCUCUGAUCCAUGCCUGAGGGGCAGAGGGAUGGAUCAGAAGGUCAGGCAGACGCUCCUCAGCAUAUAUUUUGAGUUUUGGCACUUGACAGAGAGGGAAAGGAGGGAGAUACUUGUAUAUACCUAGAACUAAUCCUUUAUCCUUUCCCUGAUACAUGUGCCCAAGAAUAAGUAGUUCACAUAGUAUCAAUUCAUCAUGGGCGCAAUAAAUGUGGGCAAGAACUGAGAUUGCAAUCAGCCCUUUUGUGACUGAUGCCAAAUUGUUCCCUGCACAGUUUCAGUUUAUGUUUCUUGAACUUAGGGAAAGGGGAAAUACUUCCUUUACUCUCAGUGCUUCCUCCAGACUCACUUGGUUUUGUCCUGACUCCUCCUGCUGGAAAUGAGAACAGAAAGGAUGCAUCAGUCGGAACUCUGUUUCUUAUUUGGAAGCCCACCCAGGCGUUUCGGACUAUUUUCUGUCAUUUCUGGUGAUGACACUGACAGAUGUUUUAAUUUUGCCUUCAAGGGGAUAUUCUCAUAAGCUGCCUUCCUAUUAGUUGAGCCUAAAUAAGGAGCUCAAGGUCUCAAGGAAGCUUCUUUAAGAGUGUUUCCAAACAGGAUCUGUGUCUAAGUGUUGUAAACUCUGUAAUUGUUGUGUUGUAAAUAUUUCCCAUUGUGUGGGGAUUCUCAUUUUGUAGUUUUUCUUUAGUACUUUUAGGCCUUUUAAAGAAUUUUACUUUUAGAGAAUGUUUAUUUUUGUAAUUAUAUGGAUUUUUUACAAGACCGUUAUCUAUUUUUUAAACCAAUGAAAUAAUAUAUGGCAAUAAAGGCAGUCUAGCUAAUAUCAUUUAAAGAAAAAAAUGCAUUAAGUGAAAACUGUGAAGAAAUAAACAUAAAUAUACUUUCUGAGUUUCUUUGUGAACAUUCUUUGUGAACAAAUGUUACUGUAUAUCUAUUUGUCAUCUCCCAGAAUUCUUGCAUCUCACUUACGUCCCAGUCCUAUUGAUGACAUCUGUUUCUUUUCUUUCCUCCCCCCAGUUAAAUUUACCAAACUGCAGAGCUCUGAGAAAGGCCUUGUCUUAACUAGAAAAGUAUAUUGGCUUGGAUUUAAAAGGAGGGGAACUGGGAAGUAACUGUUUGUUAAUGAGAUUCUGUGUCACUGAAAACAGAAGAUGUUCUUGGUUUUGAGGUACUGUCCUCUUAACUUAUACCUGGGAUUAGGAAGUUGUGAAAAUGAGCUGUUUUUGCAGUUGUUUACCUGUGUGUGCUGAGACUCUUGUACUCCCACGCUUUCUGGAUCGUUCACGUGGAGAUGCUGCCAGUCUGUGGUUUCUUUGUAUUUCACAGCAGAGAGCAAAGUGAAUUGACUGGGAGAAGAACUGGAGUGCUUCCAGGAACUAGAAGAAUAUAUAUUAUAUCCUUUGGACCAACUUAA